AUGUACCGUUCAAUCGUCUUUCUACUUUUCGUGAACUUUGCGUCUUGUUUUUGGCAUUAUGAACGCACUUGUGGUGAAAUUGGUCGCUGGCGACACCCAUGGUUUCAACCCAAAAAUGAUGACGAGGAUUUCGAAAGUCUUGCUCAAUGCGUGAUCGCUGCUGACAAUUUCCGUAAGAACAGUUGUGCCAAGAGUACUUAUCAUCGAACGCAAGUGAUCCAAGGCCUGAAUUUCUACGAACUCAAAUAUUAUCUGCAAGAAUUUGACGAAAACAGUAUUACUGUGAAGAUUAAAUAUAGGGUUCUAUAUGUAACAGCGAAAAAAUUGGGCACUGAUUCAUUUAAAGAUUUGCGGAUUUUGCCAGAUUCCCUUAAAAUGACCGAUGCAACAUGGUAUUUUGAAGGCGAUGUACUUCGAGUGUUAAUUCCUUACAAAAAUCAGUUGAAAACUGAGGUGACAUUAACUUGUGGUGAUUCUGACCAUGACUCUUCUGACAUGACUCUUAUUGAUGUUCCCAAACUUAAGGAUGAUCAAAUCGAAUUACGAUUCUCAAAAGAAUUUACAUAA